ACGGUCCUCACUUCUCAGUGCCCGUUUGUGUCUUCGCCUUGCAGGGCUAGAAGUGGCGCUAACCUGGGACCCCGCUGCAUACUCCACCCCAGCAGCACUCUAUUAGGCACUUCUACAGCAGGUCUCUACAUUUUGGGUUUAUAUACUUCGUUUUACCUCAUAUCAGUCACGAAUCUCCCACUCAAUCUCAUAGUCCGAAUUUGACCAGCCUCGCACGACUUCAUUAAUAGUGCUUAGUAAUCUAGGCUUUUGAGCGUGCCUCCAUCAAAAGCACAGAAAACAGGCCGUUGGUAGACGCUCGCGACCGAAAACCAGAUUAUCGCCGUGUCAUCAGUCGCCCUCCAAAUUAUCCCCCUCAUAAAACCCCCAUCCCGGACACGCCCUGGUCGGAUCAUAAAAAUGGCAUCCAGCACAGGAAACCCGGCAGCGCCCGAAGUAGGAGGCACCAGGCCGGCGUUCAUACCGCUCGAGGCCAACCCGGAGCUGAUGACGGAGCUGGUGCACGGCCUGGGCCUUAGCAGCGCUCUGCAGAUGCACGACGUCUUCUCCAUCGACGACCCGGAGAUGUUAGCCUUCAUCCCGCGGCCCGCCCUGGCCCUGCUGCUGGUCUUCCCCGUCUCGGCCAUCUACGAGUCGCACCGCCUAGCCGAGGACUCGCUCCUGGCCGACUACGCCGGCAAGGGCCCCGACGAGCCCGUCAUGUGGUUCAGGCAGACCAUCAGGAACGCCUGCGGCAUGAUGGGCAUCUUGCAUGCCACCCUGAACGGCCCUGCCAAGAACUUUAUCGACGCCGAUUCAACUCUUGACAAGCUUUUGAAGGACGCCACGCCGCUCGAGCCGGCGGCCCGCUCCAAGCUGAUAGAGACCAACGGCGCCCUCGCGCAGCAGAACAAGGCGGUCGCCUCACGGGGUGACACCGCGGCGCCCGAGGCCACCGACGACGUGGACCUGCACUAUGUCUGCUUCGUCAAGGCGGAGGACGGCACGCUCUGGGAGCUUGACGGCCGGCGAAAGGGUCCGCUUGCGCGCGGCAAGCUCGAGGACUCGGAGGACGUGCUGUCUGAGAAGGCUCUUGUGCUGGGACCCCGCAAGUUCCUCGAGCGGGAGGGAGGGGAUAUGCGCUUCAGUUGCGUGGCUUUGGCUCAGAGCAUGGAUUAGGGCGAUUGUUCUUACUAUGGGCGACUGAAGUGGUUUCCAAAGCCGGCGAUUUCCCGGAUUGAUAAGACGACGGUACUAUGGCUCGUUAGACAAGGUGACAUAUAGCUAUUAGAAUCGCACCGGCUUUUGACUUGACCUACAGGAUAUAUUGGAUAAAGCACGCGUCUGAUCUACCUGUACCGCCCAAUUCAAAACCCAUCAAACCCACACUCUGUUGUGGAAUUGACAAGACAUCCCCAGCAUUGUAGCCGCCAAAUGUGAUCCUGGAUCACUCCGCUCUCAACCC